GCACUACCCGACUCCAAGAUGGUGACCGGCAAAGCGAUCGUAUCGCUACAAGUGGCGACGAUCGAACAGCUUCCUCGCGGAACGGCCUUUAAUGCUGCACGAACGCCGGUCGCCAGGGAUGUUCGAGCUGCCUCGUUCUCCAACGAGGCUGCAGAUAGCGACGAUACGUCGUUGGUUGUCUCUCCCAAUAGUAAGACAGUCGACAGUACGGAGAUGGCGAGACGGGCAGCUCGACGAGUCAGUGUGUGGAAGAAAUCGGAGCAGGAACGGCGAGAAGAGGGAGAGCGCGCUCGACAAGCCAAGCAGGAGCAGGACAAGCGUCGACAGAAUCACGCUGUACACGCCAAACAGCGACGUCGAGCGGAGAUCUACGCGUUGAACGCGCUCUUGCGACAACUGCAGCAGGAGAAAAUCGCGCGGUUUAUUGCGGCCCAGACGCAGAUUCAAGAAGCGCAAAAGGACCCAAGCUUGGCAAGCAUGACGGCUGCUCUACUCCAGGUGGAGGCCGUGGGAGUCUAGAAAAAUAAAAAGUCUAAAUAAUUCCAAUAGAGGGCUCUCUUUUAGGAUCGUUUGCAACCCUUCGCAACAAUUUUGAGCGAUUGAGCAAUUGUUGCAAGUUUUGGCUCUGACAGACCCGGUUUAAUUUUCAGCAAGAUAUUUACGAGUUGUUCAUUGGAGAAGACAUUCUCGGGAAUGCUGACAGAAACUCUAUCUCGCGAUCAAGAUUGCGCUUUCCACCACCAGAUUUUUUAAGAUCUCUCUACGCAGAAGACCGCGAUACACUUAAUUCUGAGUACAGUACAAGGAGGAGAGGGUUCAUACACCCAUAUUACCGAAGGUCUACGAUUUUGUGCACAACCU